AUGACGAUGGACAGCUCAACGAUAAAGCUCGCCCAGAUGCUGCGGCACCCGGACGAUUUGGACAAGAUUCCCUCUAUGAAACUCGAAUACGUGCGCAAGAAAGCAGCAGUUGAUUCCCAGCUCCGCAGCGGGCUGAAAGAGCAGUUGGAGAUCACGCAGUCUGGUAUGAACGGUAUCACAGACGGGCAGAGGACGGUACAGCUCAUCAAAGAGGAGAUGAUGAAGAUCGAUAAGCUGUGCGCCGAGGCGCAGAACAUGAUCCGGGACUUCCCAAACAUCAACCUCGUCAGCCAGACGCACCGGAACUUCAGCGCGGUGGAGACGAUGCGGGCAAACCUGGACAGCUUCAAUGACCGGCUGAAUCGCAUCGAGGCCUUGCUACGCGAGGACGACGCCGAUCCGGAGAACAUGCCAAAUCUGGUGGCGGUGCACUACGAGUUGACGCAGCUGAGGAACAUCAGGGACGAUGCGAUGGAUCAGAUUGAGAGAGCGGAAGAUCCGAGUGCGCAAGGUACGCUCGAGGAGUAUUUUACGCGGCUGGAGGAGGUGGUGGAGUGGUUUGAUGAGCAUGUGGGCACCAUUGCGCUGAACCUCAUCAAUGUGCUGAUUAGCGGGAAUAAUGGGCUGGUGGUCCGCCUGGCGGUCAUCAUUGAGGCAGAGGAGAGGAGUGACAAGAGGGUUAAGGCGCUGCAAGAGGCGCUGAAGGAUCACAAGGAGAUGGCGGCGAGGUUCCAGAGCAUCACGGAUGGAGCGAAGCAGGUGAGGGGGUAUAAGGAAAAGUUCAUACAGGCUAUUCAAAUCCAUGCCGAGCAGCAGAUUAUGGAGUCGAAGCAGGCAUUCCUAGAGGAUGCAUCGCGGAUCGAUAAGAAUUUGAAGUGGUUCUUUAAUGAUCUGAAUGCGGUCAAGCAGGGUAUGGUGCCGCUGAUGCCGAAGAAGUGGAAGAUCUUUCAGACUUAUGGGAAGCUGUAUCAUAAGCUUAUGCAUGACUUUCUGAUUGGAAUGCUGGAUGACCCCGAGACGGAUUCGGCGCAUAUGCUGUCCAUUCUCAAUUGGCCCGAGAAAUACUACCAGAAGAUGGCGAAGCUUGGCUUCAAGCAAGAGGAGUUGGAGCCACUGGUACUCGAUGGCCGGGAGCCUGAGCUGGUUAAAGACUUCAGACAGCUUGUCAUCAAGUAUCUUGAUGAGUGGUUGGACCGGAUCUUUAAGACGGAACAAAACGAUUUCAUGGAGCGGAGUGUGGAGGGUGGGAAUCUGGAUGCCGAUGAGUAUGGCUAUUUCAGGACCAAGAAUCUGGUCGAUAUGUGGCGCAUGUUGAGAGAACAAAUCGAUGCAGCUGGGACGUCUCAGCGGAUGGAUGUUGUGGAAGGUGUAAUUGAUGCUAUGAUCAUUCGUCUCAAGACGAGGCAAUCGAAUUGGCAGAAGAUGCUUGAUGAUGAAGCGGCAAAGUACAACGCGAAUCCUGAGUUGGAUCUUCUACCGGCUCUCCAGGACUGGCUUGUAGCAACUGCAAACGACCAGAUUGCUUGUAUCGACGACAACGAGGAAGCCGGCAGAUUCGCAUACCUGACCAGUUUCCGCCAGAAAUUCGAGCCUCUAGUAUCCCCGCAGUAUCUCGAGGGAGCAGACGCCGACAUUGCGGAAUUGCGAAACAUCUAUGUCGAUUUCAGUACCCACUGCAUAGCCAAGUUCGCCCAACUGGUCUUCGCCGUCGAUUUCAGGACCGUCAUGCCAGACUUCUUUACACCAAAGUGGUACACGGCAAGCGCCAUCAAGCAAAUGGUUGUUACAUUCGACGAAUACGUCAAUGACUACAAGGUUGUGCUCCACCACUCCCUCCUGGACAUCCUCAUCGAGGAACUCGCCGACGAGCUCCUGGUCCGCUACCUAACCAGCGUGCGCAACAAAGGCGCUAAGUUCAAGCGCCAGGACCCCUACAAAGACAAGCUGUUCGACGACGUCUCGAUCGCUUUCGAAUUCUUUACCGAGAAUGCCUAUGUCAGUCCCGAUGUAGCCGAUGCCAUCAAGCAGAAGUGGCGCGUCAUGGAGCGAUUCCUUGAGUUGAUUGAAGCAGAUAAGAGUGUGAUUCCGGAGGUGUUUGCGGCGUUCAAACAGGACUACUGGGAUCUGCAGCUCAGCUGGGUGGAGGCGGUGUUAAGGGCAAGAGAUGACUUCGAUAGAGGCAUGCUGAAUGCUGUGAAGACGAGGGCGGCUCAGAUUAACAUUCAGAGGGGCGUGGAGACGUUCAUGACGAAGGUUAAAUAA